UUGGCUUGUUUGUAUGCGCCCUCUCCAACACUAGGCGUCAUCGACAUACUUAAUAUCUGCCAAAUAGAAUUACUCUGCUUUUUUUUAAAACUUGUAUUUUUUUUAUCUGUUGGAACAAUUUGUUAAGUCAUUUCCUGGUCUAGAGGAAACAAACAAUGGCUGCCGAGAGUGUUUUCUCAGAGAUCAUAGAAAAAGGCAGGAAAAAGUUACUUGAAAUCCUCCAACAAGAGCCUGAUUCCAUCUUAGACACAUUAACCUCUCGGAGGCUGAUUUCUGAGGAAGAGUAUGAGACGCUGGAAGAUAUUACAGAUCCCUUGAAGAAAAGUCGGAAGCUGUUAAUUUUGGUGCAGAAAAAGGGAGAGGUGAGCUGUCAGCAUUUUCUCAAGUGUUUGUUUAGCACUUUUCCAGAGUCAGCUAACAUUAGGGGCUUAAGGCACGAAUAUUUACAACAUAAUACAGAACCUCCUCAAUCUAUGAAGGUAAUCAAGAAUUCAGAUGUUUCUUUUCUUGGAGAGAAACAGCCUGAGAAUCCUGAGACCAUAGUUCCUGUCAGAGAGAAAGAACACUGGGAUUUGGAAACCUCUGAGUCUUUCAGGGACAACAAAACUAGUUAUAGGGAAACCGCUUGGUCCUCAAGGGAAAAUGAGAAGGAAUACAACACACCAAAAGUCACAUUGCCAUAUUCUGUCGAGAAUGAUGAAUAUGCAUUUCCAGCGACUAUUGAGUGUUUAGAGGAUGGACAGAGGUAUGAGGAGCCAGAUGAUUCUUUAUACCUAGGAGAAGAGGAAUAUCUAGAAUCUGUUGGAUACCCUGAAGAUGCAGAAAUCACUGUGGAAGAGGAGGAUUAUGAUGACCCAGAGUACACCGUCUAUGGUGGCAAAGAGGACUCUGCAUGUUCAGAAACCACGGAGUUCUCCGAUGAAGAACAGGGUUAUGAGGAUUCAGAAACCGGCAUGUCAUUGGAGAAGGAAGAGGAGAAAAGUAUGGAAGAAAGAAAAAAGGUGUUUAAAGAUGUCCUGUUGUGUUUGAACAUGGAUAGAAGCAGAAAGCUUCUGCCAGAUUUUGUUAAACAAUUCUCGUUAGAUCGAGGGUGUAGGUGGACACCUAAGACUCCAGCAGACUUAGCCUGGAAUUUCCUGAUGAAAGUUCAAGCAAUGGAUGUGACAGCCAGAGAUUCAGUCCUCGGACAUAAGGUUCUGGGUGAGGAUAGCAAAGGGGAAUUGCUGACUGGAGUAGAGAAUUUGGAAAUUAGAGACUUACAAACCAUUAAUCCCCUUGAUGUCCUUUGUGCCUCUAUGCUGUGUUCAGACAUCUCCUUGCAACGCGAAGUCAUGUCAAACAUGUAUCAAUGCCAGUUUGCUCUUCCCUUGCUACUGCCAGAUGUAGAAAACAGCAAAAGCAUUUUAAUGCUGGGGGCCAUGAAGGACAUUGUGAAGGAGCAGUCACCACAGUCUUCAGGAGGGCCUACGAGGGAUGCAGAAAAGUUUCUGACUCUCACGAAGAUGCCUGUCAUCUCUUUUGUGCGUCUAGGAUCCUGUAGCUUCUCCAAGUCCAGAAUCCUCAACACACUGUUCAGCCCUGCCCAACUGAAGUCACACAAAAUCUUUGUUCAAAAGGAUUUGCCUGUUCUGGUGCUUCCCCGGCAAAUCUCUGAUGGCCUGGUUGAGAUAACAUGGUGUUUUCCUGAUAGCAACAGCCUAAAGGAAAACCCUAGUUUUUUCCAAAAGCCUGUUGCUGUGACCAACCUUCGUGGAGAUCUACAAAGUUUUUGGACACAGUUUGGUUUCUUGAUGGAAAUUUCCUCAGCUAUGUUUUUUUUCACUGAUUGCCUAGGUGAGAAGGAAUGGGACCUGCUAACAUUUUUAGGAGAAGCUGCCAUUGCAAAAUGCUACUUUGUCCUCAGUCCCCGGGCCAGGGAGAGUGAAGAGGCUCAGAUUUUCCAGAAGAUCCUGCAGUUGAAGUCAUCACAGCUACUGUUUUGGGAGGAGGAGGAAGCGGGGGAGAGACAGAACGUGGAGGCCCUUCAAGGUGCCCUCCAGGAAGUGAUGUUGUCUUCACUCAGAUAUGUGUCUGUGGAGGACAUGGCCUCCUUGGCCAGGGAGUUGGGGAUCCAGGUAGACCAAGACUUUGAGAACGCUCAAGGAAGUCAAGUUUUCCAUGGUGAAAACUUGGCUGCAACAGCUGAAGAUGAGGGACAGCAAAGGUACGGUCAGCCAAAAAGCUCAUCUGAACACCCAGCUGAGAUGCCUAUAAGAGAGCCUGGGGCUAGAUGUGAGGUCAGCCAGAAUCUCCAACUCACCCCAGUAUUUGUACCUCAUCUGGCAAACUACUUUCCUUUACCAAGCAGAAUCAGAGGUAAUUUUAACCAUGUUUCUUUGAAAGCCCCCUGGGUUAUGGGCUCCCGCUUUGGGUCAGAGCAGAAGUCUAAGGGGUUCCCUCCUUCACCCUUUCAGAAUACAAGGGCCUAUAGUCAAGGUAAAAAUUUUGGGAUUCGAUACUUCCCACCCCAGAGAUUUUAUUCACAUGAGAGGUUCAUGAAAUUUCCGAGAACUGCUCAGGGAUGUCACAUUGACGGAACAAUUGGGAGACCACCAAGACCCAUUUCUCAGCAAGUACAGGCCUGGCCUGAGAGACCACAGACAAUGAGAUAUCUUAAAGGGUUUAGGGCAGUGGUCUCCCAGGUAGGUCACCUCCAUUCCCUGGGUUCACAGCCAGCAGGAACAGUUGGGAAGUCACAGCCUCGACAAGCCAGCGCGCAGGGAACACAGCUAACUGAAGCAAUUGGGAAACUUCUGAGAACAACGUCCCAUAUUGAAGAUCCUCACCCUCAAGGGUUUCAACCAGCAGAAGCCAUACAAAACCCCAUAAGACCUGCCUCUCAGCAAGGAGCCAAAAUAAAGACGCAAAGUGAGCCUUCAAAUCCAGCUUUCCAAACAAGAUCCCAUCUCAUGUCCAACAGCAAAUAUUUACCUCGCCCUCAGUUCAAAUCCAAUCAGCCCAAGCCAUCCCAGGUCAAGCACUCCCAGCCCAAACCCUCCCAAUCUGUGCCCUCUCAACCCAAACCCACUCAAACAAAACCCACUCAGCCCCAGCCCUCCCAAGCUAAACCCUCUCAAAAACCCACUCAACCCAAGCCAUACCAGCCCUGGUCCUCCCAAUCUAAGCCUUCUCAGCCAAGACCCACUCAACUCAAGUCAUCUCAGACCAAUCCUUCACAGGCUAAGGCAUACCACCCAAGAGCAGGGCCCAAGAGGACAGGGAAGCAUUAAAGUGCUUACUCCAGAGACCUAUGAAAUAUAUCCUUUACCCAGGCCAUUCCUAUCAUAGAGUAACCAUGAAGAACAGUGGCAGUGAUGGUAAGGGACUACUGUCAUUAGAACUACAGAUAAAAGAUACGUACAGCCUAAUUGUAUAUCAUUAAAAUAUCUGUAAGAAUUGUAUCCCUAACCAAGAGGAAAAACAUAAAAAAGAAUUAAGAAUAGAAUCAACCAGUAAAUAAAUGAAUUGAAUCCGACCUUGAGUAUUAGAUAAUAUAUAACCUGAAUUGAGGGAGUGGAUGCUGUGAGACAACCCCAUUUGGAGAAGAAUGGGAUUGGAGUCUCUAAUCGCCAAGUGACCAUAAAUAGGGCUCAGGUUGUCCCAGUGUUGCAGGAAAAACUGCCCUAGAUGUUGGCUGCUCCAGGGGUGCCUUGGUCGAAAUUUUUUGGUUCAAUAUCAGCCAAUAAGCAGAUAAACCUGUUUAUUUGGGAUGUUUAAAUCAAUUUGCUUCUGAGAAUGACGCCAAUUUGUUUGGAUGAUAAAACUCAUUUGACCCUUACUGUAUAGAAAUCAAAGAAAUUAAUUAUUUUGCAUUAACUUUAGGUAUGAUCUGUGUAUGUUUCAUAUUUAAAAUAUUUGUAAUAGUUAAGAUAUUUGGCUUAUUAGAGGAUCUGAUAUAUUAGCUUCAUGAUUCCAACUUGAAAUGUGUAAUUGAGUUUUUAAUUUUAGAGUUGUGUUUUUUUAAGUUGAAAAGAUUAAGAUAGGUUUAUAAAGUUUGUGAAAAGCAUUGAAAUGUUUGAGAACUUAGGAUUUACAGAAUUUAUAAUAAUAAUUUAUUAGAUUCAUCUUUGUUCUAAACAUUUGGAUAAGUCCUGUAGUUAGAUGCAUUAAGUAAAAAUAAUAUAUUAAAUUUAAAAUAUUUAAGUGAAGUUUAAUUGUUUGUAAAUGACACCAAAUAUUAAUAAAAGGUCUCUUUAAAGGUAGAUGUUAAAAUUCACUAGAUUUAGAAAUAGAAUAAUAAGAUUUGUAAAUUGAACUAAAAGCCUUUUGAAUUUGUUACUUUUGUAAAAUUAAUAUUAAUUUUAAGUACUAAAAUAGCCCCCAGUAGUCUUUUCUGGGUAAAAAAAAAUUGCCUUCAAGGACACAAAAAAAAUCACUUUGACAAAUGGAUGAGAACUGAUCUUUGAAAAGCAAUAAUCAAUCUCUGAGAACAUUCUCAUAGUACAACACGUAUCUUUCAUUUGUGCGUGUAUUAAACAAUCAACAUUGAGUAUUUACAGGGUAUUCAAUCUCUCUAAAGGUUAUCGUAAAUAAGAGUGAAGAAAGAAAUAGAAGACCAAACGGGUCAAUUUUAUCUCUGUCUUUUAGCGAGAGACAAUCAUAAGAACUAGUUCAUAACUAUAA